AAAAGAGUAGGUUUGCUGUGCGGUUGGACAAAGUGAGCCAAUAUUUCCAGAUCUACAUUCCAUACCUACUUGCCAGUAGACAUCCAUUGGAUCUUCAUCCUCACGAAGAGCUUCCUGCAUAUCAAAGCAAAACCAAAUCCUCCUCCAGCCCUCCCCCCGAAAAGAAACCCAGCAGCACCAUGGCCCCUAUCGCCUUCUCCCACUUCGCCGGCGCCCAGACGUCCUUCAAGCCGCCUCUCAUCGCCAACGAGAACGCCUUCCUCGGCGACGUCGUGACCUCGGAGCCCAACGACCCCGUCGCCCCCGUCGCCGCCGGCUUCUACCGUCUCGAGAAGGGCACGCCGCUCGUCUACGACUACACCUACCACGAGAUGAAGAUCAUCGUCGACGGCGAGUUCGACAUUGCCGAUGAGACGGGCCAGAAGGUGCACGCUGUCAAGGGCGACGUUUUCUAUUUCCCCAAGGGGAGCAAGAUCACUUUCACAACCGAGUCUUUCGGACUGGGUUUCUUCGUGGGUCAAAGAAAGUCGGGAGAAGCGUAGGGAAAGACGAGUAGAAAAAAGAAAAAAGAAUCAAUGGGUUGGA